AUGCAGAAUCGGAUCAAAAUCCAAGCUCGGGAACAUGAGCGGUUCCGCCGGGUUUGCGUCAACCUCGCCCAGGGCAUCCAUCAAUGGGAUAUGAGAUUUCGAUUGGGUCUCUUACAAGAUCAAGCGACUAUUGACAAGCAACUUGCGCGUGAGGCUGCGGAGUCUCAAGCCAAAAAGCACAAGCAUGAGGCGCCCACCGUCAGGACAGAGGCCCAGACGAUAGCCGAUCAGGCUGCCGCCAAAAAUAAAGAGAAGAACGUCGAAAAGGCAGAGAAGGCGGAAAAAGAGAAGAAAAAGCAAAAACCAAAGAUACGCCCGCUAAGUGAGGCAAAAGCAAUUGACUCGGGAGCAAAUUUCGUGUCCGAGACCUUUUUGCUUAUUGUUGCCGUCGGAUGCGUGAUUGGUGAGCGGUGGUACAGCUCGAAAAAAGAUACAGCCAGAAGAGAGGACGUCGGAAAAAGAAUAGAAGAAUUAGAGCAAUAUGAAAAAAGCGUUCGCAGGGGUAUGGUAGAGCUCGAAAAGGAGACUCUAAGACUGGAGGAAAAAGCGGGGUUUGCAAACGCGAAGAAAAAGAGGAUCUUGCCGAAAGAAGUCUAUGAGCUUGAGGAAGAGGAGGAACUUCAGCCAUAUCCCCCAAGAGGCUGGUUCUCAUGGCUCAAAGGAUCUGGAACUCAAAAGGACGAGCCCCUCCCUGAGUCCGAGCGAAAUCCUCCAGAGCCAGAGCCAGAGUCACAGGCUUCGCCUACCACCGGCAUCAAACCUUCUCCCUCAUUGUAUGAGAAGAUCUUGCAUCCCCGUGCCUCCAACCCUCCUAUAAAGGAGAACCCGAACCCUGGUGCUGAUGCAUCUCAUGACAAACCCGCUCCUUCGCAACGCUGA